AUGCACGUUGUUGGACUAAUCCCUUCCAGCUAUGUCCGGGAUCUCGAGGCGCGUGUCAAGGCAUAUGAAGGCAAACCAGAUGCCACAAGACCUCGCUCACCAGACCCUGGCGGUAGUGGUGCGGCUCGCGGUAGCUCCAACUUUUCUGAGGCACGGAGGUCUUCGCCAGGCUACGCUGGUGGAACAGACGAAGCAGAUGGAGGAGAUGAUGUACCUUUCUUGUUGGAAGAGCUUCCACGAUUGGUGAUGACUCAAAAUGGCGUGCCCAAAUACGAGGACGUUGGCGAUAUUUCAUCCUCUCAAAGCUUGGCCCGGAACCUUAUCAAAUCCUUCCGUUCCGAAGACAGCGCUCUCGAUAUAGAGAUUCGUGGUCUACCUUACAACCCCGCCGCAUGGCCUGCACGAAGACCCUCCCUGACCCGACUUCCACAGCUGCCACCGUACAAUGUUGCCAAACGUUUGUUCUCGGUGCAAUAUUUAUACAUCGGUACUAUCUUCUCCUUUGUCGAGCCCACUCUCUUCGAGAAUAGACUGCAGCAGGCCUAUUCUCGUACUCUCGACAUAGCCGAUCGAGAAGCUUGUCUGGGCUACUGUGAGGUUCUACUCGUCCUCGCAUAUGGCCAAAUGUACAGUGUCAAUGAGUGGAGUGGUCCUGAUGGACCUCCGGGAUUCGAAUAUUUCAUGCAAGCCCUCCAGUUACUUCCCGAUAUCCAUGAGGAAGGCUCCGUACUCUUCGUCGAAGUCUUGUCGCUGGUUGGAUACUUUAUGCAAAACCUUAAUAGGCGUGAUGCUGCCUUUCUUUAUAUCGGGCUAGCACUGCGUAUGGCGAUAUCGCUCGGUCUCCACCGGGAGAUAUCUGAGCCUUCCCUGGAUAUUGUGGCUCGGGAGCACCGCCGUCGCCUGUGGUGGUCAGUGUACAGUAUGGACAGGAUUCUAUGUGCUAAGUCAGGCAAUCCCAUUACGAUCACAGGUAAUGGUCAUGGGUCCCCGUUUGAUGGCCGACUCUUACUAAAAGAAGAGAUAUGUCCAGCAACAGUGCUUCUGCAUUACACAGAGCUCUCGCGAAUCCUCGGAAAAAUCAGUGAAAGCAUCUAUCGCAAGAGCCGCAAAACAGGCUUGACCCUCAUUGCGUCUGUGCAAAGCAUCAUGUCCGACCUGUCUAGCUGGUACCGCGGCUUUCCUCCAGCGCUACGCUUCGACUUCUCCCGCGCAGACCAACAAAUAAACCGUGAAGCAGUCUCCAUUUUCCUCCACUACUAUCAGUGCAUAAACAUGACCGCUCGCCCGCUCCUCUUCCAUGUCGUUAAAAAGCGGCUCGAGAACCGAGAAGUAGAGAAGCGAACAGACUGGAAGCACGGUCUAUCUGAGCCAACGAUUGCGGUUAUUGAAGCUUGUAUCUCUGCUUCGAGGGAUAGCACUACUAUGCUUCAUUAUGCCGCGAAGCAGAAUCUUGUUGCGACGUAUGGGUAUAUGGACGGAGAGCACGCUUUCUCUGCUGCUAUUGUUCUUGUAAUGGUCAAUAUUGCCUUCCCCGUCAACGAUCGGGAUAAUGCUGCCAUGGAUAUGGCAUUGGGUGUUCUGCGUUGGAUGGCAGAUAAAGGCAACUCCCACAUCCAAGCACGACAUCAAUUCCUUCUAAAUCUCCGAUCUCGCAUUCCAUCAGAGUCAACCACAACCCCAGAUACCUCCGCUUCGAUCAUUCCACCUCAUGUAUCUACUCAUGCCAAUAACACUUCGAACGCAUUUGUCCCGCUCACGCUGACGAAUAACAGCGAUAUCGAUACAACCGUCCCCUUUCCGGAGUCCACUAAUCCGUCCCUCGACCACAUGCUCCGCUUUGAGACCACAAGCGGUGAUGCCGGCCUUUGGGAAGAGGGUUACAGAAACUUCGAUAUUAAUGUGGUUAACAUGGAUUUCGAUUGGACGCAGCUGACGGAUCCUGCCACUGCCUUGGACAUCUACUCCACCAUGCCUGGUAGUGAACGAGAUUUUCAUAACGCCACGUGA